CUAUAAACAAUAACCAUAGUUUCUGUAAGCAAAAGUUAAGUUUCUACAGAUUUUCUUUCUUAUUUGAUAUUUUUUACAAUCACACAAGCCUCGAUAUAAUAAAGAAUUGAUAAAUGCACGAACACUUAAGAGAAUGUCUUUAGAUUACGGGAAUUUGUGCUCUGUGAUACUAAAGCAAUAUUUCGGUGAAGUGGUCCAAAUCGUAGGUGAUUGUUUGUUUGUCGCAAAUUGGCGCACUUUGUAUAAUCUAGUGAAAACAACUAACUUGACCAAAAGAGAGGUUUGUAAAGCUUUGGCCGUGCUAUGUAAAUAUCAUUUAGUAUCAUUCCGGGCUAGCAAUUUUAAUCCCAGUGUGGCAGAAUAUUUAUUGAAUCGUGAUGAAGUUUUGUACGUUGUUCGCUAUGCCAGAUAUGUUCAUCGUAUGCAAAUGGAGUAUGGUAAUAUAGGCAGCUUUAUAUGUGAAGAAAUAUUACAUAAUGGUUCGCAAACAGGCACAAACUUAAUGUUAAAAUAUUUGGCUGAUGCUAAUGAAAAAGAAAAAAUUGAAACCGUACGUGAUAUAUUUGUGCGUAUGAUACGUGCUAACUAUUUAAUAAGACUUCCCAAGUUGGUGCAAGGAGAAAGAUCUGAAACAGUAGCGGUGCCUAAAUUACAUAUAGACGUAGAUGAUUUAUUUAAUCCGCCUAAUAUAGAUUUAUCGUUGUUGGCCAAAAUACGUACUGGUACUAUUCUUUUAUGUCAUGCCGGUGACUCAGAUACGCUUUGGCAAAUAAAUUUCAGUCGUUUCCAUCAAGAUUUUCGCGAUAGCAUUAUGAUUGGUGCAAUCGAACGUAAAAUGGGGUCAAGUGCGGCGGAAUGCUUUCAAUACAUUUUAAAGCAAAUGUACGAGAGGACGGAUCCUUGGCAAAGACAAAUUUCAAAUCCUUUUACCGUGGCUGAAAUUAAACAAAUGCUGCUAAAGAACUCCAAAAAUUUUGACUUAAUGACAAAUUUAGAGCAAUAUAUAACACUAAUUGCCGAUGAUUCUUUAGGUUUUAUUCGAAAAAUUGGUGAAAUGGGUAGCGGGCAGUAUGUUGUGGAUUUGUCUCAAGCUUUCGAAGAAUUGACUUUGUGCUGCAUUGAAAAUAUCAUUACUGAACGUUUUGGUUCAAAGGCAUCACGGAUAUUUCGUGUAGUACGCAUGAAAAAAUAUAUCGAACAAGAGGAUUUACAAAAGGAGGCUAUGAUACCGGCUAAAGAAGCUAAGCUUUUGUCUUAUAAUCUAUUUCAAGAACAAUUUCUACAAAUAAAAUCUAUACGCAAGCCGGGCGGUGGCGGCGCCGCUGCCAAGGCUUUCUUCUUAUUUCAUUUGAAACAUCUUCAGAUAGUAACCAUGUUGUUGGACAUUUGUUAUAAAGCAUUAUAUAAUGACAUAACUCGAUCGAAUUAUGAAAAAGUUGAACAUAAAAGAUUAAUAGACAAAAGUCAAAAGCUGGACAGUAUAGUGGCUACGAUGAAAGAACGCGGAGAAUCAGAAGACUAUAUAGCAGAGAUCUUGGAAACAUUGACGCCGCCUGAACGCGAAAUUUUAGAAAAAGUCAAAAAUCGCAUCAAAAUUUUAUCUAAAGCUGAACUUACUAUAGAUGACAAUAUAUUCUUACUUCAAAUGUAUAAACAUCAUUGCUCUCACUUGCCUACUGCCACAAGCGUAGCAAAGUAGCAAAGUAAGAGCAAUUUUUUGCAACGGUUCGAAUAAAUUCAAUGAAGUAGACAAAGUCAAUAAGUCGGCACUAAAUCUUUCUUUUGAUAAUAAAUACAUUUUAAUAGUGAAGAAAAUCUAUUAAUUUCGAGGUGCGAUAAACGAAUAAACAAACUGAUGAUGCACUUUAGUACUUUUUACUCUUUUUCGAUAUUAUAAAUAAUUCAAAAGCUGAAUAUACUUUUACAUAAUACAACUUAUCCAAAGCAUAACGCCUUUGUCCAUAGAAUACUUUCGAAAAGAAAGUGAAGUAAUAUGGGAAGGGUGUUUUUGUAAAAAAGAAGACAUCUCCGACCUUGUGCCCGAAGCGGCUAAUCAAUUUUCCAAAAUUUGAACACUUGUAGUUUGUGUCUUCAGAAAGAACGUGCAUAUUUUGUAGAACUUCCGAGGUGCUUCUUUUCUGUUGUCUAUCAGAGAAAAAAAAAUUUUCGCAGUCAUUUAUUUUAAUCCCGAAUUGCUUUCUAAAUAAUGAAAUAACAGGGAUAGAAGAAUAACAGAAUUUAAUGAAGAACGAAAUAACAGAGCAUUUGAAUAAUAUAAUAAUAAUGUCUAAUAAUAAAAUAGUACAAUAAUUGAUUUAUAGAAAGAUCUUCGCUGUGCUCAUAAUCCGUCUAAUUCUAAGGAAAAAAUUUAAUUAAAUAAAUAAUCAGAUAAUUAAUUAAAUAUCAAGCGCUGGAUCGAACGCGUCAGCUUGCUCCUGAUUUCCAAGGUAGCGGACGUAUCCAUGAUGUCUUUGUAUCUUAUCAGCUAGAUGUUGUAGAAAAACUACAAACUCCAAAAUUUGACAGUUUUUCACCAUUUUUCUUAUUUAUUGAAAGCAACUCUGUGCCCUCUCCAUUCUGUACACUAGAUACGUUUUAUUAUAAACUGAGUAAAAGAAAAUCGGCUAACGGCUUUCUGUGAAAUCAAAG